UAGAAGACUAGAACAUCAUAGACCAGAACAUCAGAGACCAGAACAUCAGAGACCACAACAUCAGAGACCAGAACAUCAGAGACCAGAACAUCAGAGACCAGAACAUCAGAGACAGUACAAUCUUCAGCAUCUCAACCAUCUCUGAACCAUGAAGACCCUGACUGCUCUACUCCUCCUGGGACUGCUCUGCUCCCUGCAUAUGACGUUUGCAGAUGUCAUUAAGUUGGAAACGUCAACUGACUGCUGUAUAAAGUUCAGCGCGAGGAUCCCUCUUCAACAAGUAGUUUCUCUCAGAACAACCUCCAGUAGCUGCCCUCGCAAAGCACUGAUUUUCACCACAAAGAAAGGGAAGACAUUUUGUGUUGACCCUUCUGAAGCCUGGGUCCAGAGUCAUGUGACCAAGAUUGAGAGCAGACGACAAUGAUGUCAUCAACUACCAUCACCCCCUAACACCCCAACCCUUGUUGGUGCACUAUAAAGGGAAUAGGUUGCCAUUAGUGACGUACACCUUGUCAUGCAUGUCAAUACCCUAUCUGAGAUUGGUAUAGAGGAGGUUCAAUGUAAUGUACUAGGUUAAUAUCCUAUCUGAGACUGGUAUAGAGGAGGUUCAAUGUAAUGUACUAGGUUAAUAUCCUAUCUGAGAUUGGUAUAGAGGAGGUUCAAUAUAAUGUAUUAGGUUAAUAUCCUAUCUGAGACUGGUAUAGAGGAGGUUCAAUGUAAUGUACUAGGUCUAGGAUAAACUAAUAGUUUAUUUUUCAAUAACUGUAAACAAAUUUGAUAUAUCCUGUGAAAGAGUGGUUCAUGUUAUUCAAUUAAUGAAUUUCCAGAUAUUCUUUUUUUGAAACUAGAUAUUCUAGGUCUAUUCUACUAUACUGAUAUAGAUAUUAAUGUGUUGUAACUAGGUCUAUUCUACUAUACUGAUAUAGAUAUUGAUGGGUUGUAACUAGGUCUAUUCUACAAUACUGAUAUAGAUAUUAAUGGGUUGUAACUAGGUCUAUUCUACUAUACUGAUAUAGAUAUUAAUGGGUUGUAACUAGGUUUAUUCUACUAUACUGAUAUAGAUAUUGAUGGGUUGUAACUAGGUCUAUUCUACUAACACAGAUAUUGUAUUUUUCUACGAUACUUUCAACCGUUCUGUCGUUUUAUUAAUAAAUGACGGCUUCUGAAGAA